AGCGCCAUCAUUGAAGUGCUGUCCGGUUGGAUCGCUGUCAGAAUGUGUUGAUUUUGCAGAAAUUUCCUGUGUCACCCGAACGCUAACCGCCCAGAAUGAAGUUUGCCGAGCACCUGUCGGCCCACAUUACGCCAGAAUGGCGGAAACAGUACAUCAUGUACGAGGAAAUGAAAGCUCAGCUAUAUGCAGCGGUUGAGCAGUCACCAUCGGCCGAGCUGGUCGAUCCGGAAGAGCUGACGAGAUACUUUGCCAAAUUUGAUGAACAAUUCUUUCACUACUGUGAUAGCGAACUAGCCAAAAUCAAUACAUUUUAUUCAGAAAAACUUGCCGAGGCCACCAGAAAAUUUGCCAACCUCCGGUCAGAGCUCAGCGAAACACUUGAACUGGAAGAAAACACCAAGAAGAAAAAGGAUAAAAUCCAUCGUGUCAAAAAGAACCUAUUACGCAAGAAAAAUGUUUCCGUGCGAAAAAUCCAAGAGCUGAAGCUGGCGUUUAGCGAAUUCUAUCUGAGCCUGAUUUUGCUGCAGAACUAUCAGAAUCUCAACUUCACCGGCUUCCGGAAGAUACUGAAGAAACAUGACAAGCUGCUGAACGUUGACUUCGGCGCACGAUGGCGUACGGAGAACGUGGAAUCAGCUCACUUCUACACCAACAAAGAUAUCGAUCGAUUGAUCCACGAGACGGAGAGCAUUGUGACCAAUGAAAUCGAAGGAGGUGACCGACAGCGCGCUAUGAAGCGACUUCGUGUGCCUCCGUUGGGCGAACAGCAAAUUCCUUGGACCACCUUUAAGGUCGGACUGUUCUCCGGAGCAUUGGUUGUUCUCUGUGUAGCUGUAGUACUGUCAGCAAUGUUCCGUGACCGAGGUGACGACUGGAUAACUGCCUUCCGAUUGUACAGGGGCCCAUUGUUGCUGGUGGAGUUUCUUUUUCUCUGGGGCAUCAAUGUGUAUGGCUGGCGAUCAUCAGGAGUUAACCACGUGUUGAUAUUCGAGCUUGACCCACGAAACCACCUGUCCGAGCAACAUAUUAUGGAGCUGGCUUCGAUUUUUGGAGUCAUCUGGGCACUGAGCGUUUUGAGCUAUCUGUACGCUGAUUCUCUUGGAAUUCCUGCCUAUCUAAGUCCGUUGAUGUUGUACAUUUUGAUGGCGGUUUUUCUUUUGAAUCCCACCAGAACAUUUCGCCACGAGGCAAGAUUUUGGACAAUCCGAAUCCUCAGUCGCAUUGUACUAGCGCCAUUUUUCUACGUAAACUUUGCCGAUUUCUGGCUUGCUGAUCAACUCAACAGUGUGGUACCGGCCUUCUUGGAUAUCCAGUAUUUUAUAUGCUUCUACUCCACUAUCACCAACUGGAACCGUGCGGAGAACCCGAAUCAGUGUAUCAACAACUCCCUCUGGGUUCGACCCAUAGUUGCCAUGUUGCCGGCCUGGUUUCGAAUGGCCCAAUGUUUACGACGAUUCCGCGAUACUCGCGACGUCCAUCCGCAUUUAGCCAACGCCGUGAAGUAUUCAACUUCAUUCUUUGUGGUCGCGUUUUCUUCGUUAACUCAGGCCACUUCGGCGAGAUACGAGAAGAGCACCGAUAAUCCCUGGUUCUAUCUGUGGAUAAUCUCUUCGAUUGUGUCGUCGUGUUACGCGUACACCUGGGACAUUAAGAUGGACUGGGGUCUGUUUGAUUCGAAGUCUAGCGAUAACAAGUUUCUGAGAGAUGAAGUAGUGUACGGAUCGAAUUGGUUCUAUUACUUUGCCAUCGUCGAAGACUUGAUCCUGCGGUUUGGUUGGACUCUUUCUAUGAGUUUGAUCGAAAUGGGUUACAUCGACCGGGAGAUUAUUGUGUCGAUUUUGAGUCCACUGGAAGUGUUCCGGAGGUUUAUUUGGAAUUAUUUCCGAUUGGAGAAUGAGCAUUUAAAUAAUUGUGGUAACUUCCGAGCUGUUAGAGAUAUUUCCGUUGCUCCGAUGGAUUGUUCAGAUCAGACCACGAUAUUGCGCAUGAUGGACGAAGAAGAUGGUGUUCGCAAUCGACGAACGUUAAAGAAAGUAGGUGGCAAGAAGAAAUUAGAACAGAGACUUUUACUUCGCGAAGCAGAAUCGACCGAGGAUUUAGAAAUGCAUCAGAACCACACUCAAGACCGAUUCAGGAAGGUACAGUGGCAAAUGUAGGUUACGGUUCGGACAGCUGAAAUUGGGUUUAUUCUGCGUUGAAACACCUCCAUCCUGAGUCCCAUUUCCUUUGCACUUGCACGAAAUCCAAGGACUGCACAACUCCUUCUCAGCACUACUAAUGCUAUCACAUCGCGAUCGGAGAUAUGAGGCAUUAUUUACAAUAAAACAAUAGCGGUAAUGUUGGUGUUUUCGAUUACCGUUUUGCGAAACCCAAUCAAAAAAUCAAUUUUACUUAAGAACGUACCACGCGAAUAGAGUAGAUCAAAAGGUGUGUAGAAUAUAAUGGAUAUUAUUUUGUAUGUAAAUCAAAUGAAAAUAAAGAUGGACUAUACUUUAUAUUUAAA